AUGUCACGUACCAUUAGAAAUGUGGCUCUCGCCGGGGCGAGUGGAAAUGUCGGAGCUCAAGUACUCAAGGCAUUGCUCGCCGUCAAAGAGUUCAAUGUAACGGUUCUUAGUCGCAGUCCCAAGUCCUUCCCAGCUGGUGCUCAGAUUAAAGUCGUUGACUUCACAUCGAUUGAAGAUCUAUCCACGGCCCUCAUUGGACAAGACGCAGUGAUCGAUACUACUUCCUCGCCCGAUGUUGCCACUCCUCUCCGAUUGAUCGAAGCAGCAGCUAAGGCCGGGGUUUACCGCUUUAUAACAAGCGACUUUGGAUUAGACCCCGAACUACCAGGUGUUUACGACCUGCCUGUUUUUAGCCGAAAGAAAGCAUCCUACGAAGCUGUGAAGAAACAAGCUGCUGAAAACCACAUGACUUACACCCUGGUAUCUUGCGGUGCAUUUCUUGACUGGUGUCUCUCGAGUGGUUUUGCCGGUCUGAACUUCCAAUCAAGAACAGCUUGGAUCUUCGGUGAUGGAAAUAACGUCCAUCCAUGGACAACGUUGGAAGAUGUUGGCAAAGCGACCGCCAAUGUCCUCUUACAUCCGCAAGAAACUCUGAACCGACCGGUCUAUAUCUACUCUGUUUUCAUGUCGCAGAGCCAACUCUUCGACAUCGCCAAGGAGGUUUCAGGUGGGGAGUGGACGGCCACAUAUAACGAUAUGGAACCCAUUAUGCAGAAGGCUUUGGAGGAUCUCAGAUCUGGCAAUAUUAGUGAUGCAGCCUUUGUCGUGCAGAUCCAAUACUGUCUCGCUACCAAGGCCCUGGCGCACCCUGGGAAAGCGACGACAAUCGUCUAG